UACGCUUCCCACAAUCCCCCAUACAGUCAGCGUCUCCUCCUCGACACGGAAGGCUCUCUUCUCUCAUUAAUUACAGAGCUGGGUGCUAGGAGAAAGUUCACCGACUGAAGGAACUGAUGUCCACCAUGGCCACAUUUCGCUUUGGGCAGCACAUCGUAAAGUCCUCGGCUGUGUUUUUGAAGACGGAGUUGUCCUUCGCACUAGUCAACAGAAAGCCGGUCGUGCCUGGCCAUGUUCUUGUUUGUCCUCUUCGCGUCGUUGAGAGAUUUCGAGAUCUUCGUCCUGAUGAGGUUGCAGAUCUGUUCAUGACCACACAGAGAAUAGCCGAUGUGAUUGAGAAACACUUUCAGGCGUCCUCCCUAACCAUCGCCAUUCAGGACGGACCUGAGGCAGGACAGACGGUGAAGCAUGUUCAUGUUCACGUGCUUCCGAGGAAGGCUGGAGACUUCGAUAAGAACGACAGCAUCUAUGAUGAGCUCCAGAAACAUGAUCGGGAAAACGAGGAUGUUCCUUCCAAAUGGAGAUCAGAAGAGGAGAUGGCCAAAGAGGCGACAGAAUUACACAGUCUCUUCAACUAGCUUCUUUAGCCAUGGGUGGAAGACCUGCAGAUGGAGGACAUCAACAAGUUGAUAAAUGUUCUUAUCUAUCUUUUUGACCGCUUAUUGAAAUACAGAUUUUUGUUUAUGUAUGCAUUGCUUUUUCCUUCUUCUGUAAACCUCUAUAAUCUUCUUUAGUUCAAAGAAGUAAACAAGCUCUUUUAGUUUAAAGUGUUUAGUUGGUUGAAUGCCGUAGGCCGAAAAGUACAACAAGUAUUAGUAAAUCUCUACAGAA